CAUGGUAGCCGAUUCCAUCAUCCAGUUUUGGUUGUCAGCAAGCGGCGGAACCAUCUCGUGCAGUUCGCCUCUGUAGUAGGUGACGCUAUGAGUUUUUCUGAAGGGGGCUCUUCGUUUCGAGAGAAGCAUGCGUCUUUCAAGAAAGAAGAAGAAGCUGGAGGUGUAGCGGUUGACGAUGAAGAGGAUGACCAAGACGGUAGGUCCCAUGCCACUGGCCGGAGAUCCCGUGUUGGCUCGUCGGUCACCGACGUCUCGAGCAACUCGUCUAUCAACUACCGGAGGACACGGCAGGACCGGUUCGCCGGCGACGGCUUCUGGUGCGGCGCCCUCUGCCUGCCGCUGCCCGGGCUGACGAGGAGGCGGCCGAUGCAGCAGCAGCAGUCCAUGACCCUGAGCGAGCCGGGAGCCCGGGCGAGCACGGCCGAGACGCGGCCCAGCGGGGCGUCCAUUAAGGGGGCCUCCAUGGAGAGGUUCAAGUACAGCUCGUCGUCCUCCGGCGUCGUGUUCGAGCGCGCCGGCGGCGAAGAGGAGGAGGAGCAGGAGCCGUCCGCGUACUUCGACCUGCCGCUGGAGCUGCUCAGGAGCAGCAAUGUCGACACGGAGUCGCCAGUCACGGCGGCGUUCCUCUUCGACGGCAGACGCGGCCUCGGCCCGAAGAAGAUCGUGAUGCCCGAGCUGCCGGAGCUUGAUUUUAGUUUCCCGGCACCGCCUGAGCUGUCGGACCUGUCAUCACCAAGGACAUAACGGAAUGUUGUCCCGUCUCCU